AAACCUAAAAUUGCAACUAUAUUAUGGGAAGAAGCUAAUACUACAUGUUAUCAAGUUCGAGCAAGAGGCAUUUUAGUAUCAAGAAGAGAAGAUACUGAUUAUAUUAAUGGUACUAAAUUAUUAAAUGUGAUUGGUAUGACAAGAGGGAAAAGAGAUGGAAUACUAAAGACUGAAAAGGUUCGUAAUGUGGUUAAAGUUGGUUCCAUGAAUCUUAAAGGAGUUUGGAUUCCAUUUGAAAGAGCUUAUGAAAUUGCUAGAAAUGAAGGAGUUGAAGAGAUUUUAUUUCCAUUAUUUGUGAAUGAU